GGGUAACGCGCACAGAUGCACGGGCGCGCGCAGCAGCAGUAGCGGAGCAGCGCGAUCAACACGAUUAACGGGAAUAACCAUGAGCGUGGGAAAACUGGUGGUGUGUGUGUUAGUGCUGAGUGUGUGUGAGGGGUAUGUGUUUCAGGCUGGUCAGUCUUCAGGAGAAGUGGAUGAUACUCCGCCGCCGGUCAGAGAUUUUUCGGGGUCGUGUAAAGGUCGCUGUUUCGAGCUGAAAGAGGCGGAGCCUCCAAACUGCAGGUGUGAUAAUCUGUGUAAGACGUACCUGAGCUGCUGCUCCGACUUUGAUGAACAAUGUCUGAAAACAGCGAGAGGGUUCGAGUGCUCGGAGGAUCGGUGUGGAGACGUCAGGAAUGAAGAUUACGCCUGUCAGUGUUCAGACGACUGUCUGCAGAGAGGAGACUGCUGCACCAACUACAGAUCACUGUGCAAGGGAGACAGUUCUUGGGUGGACGGCGACUGUGAGGAGAUUCAGAGCCCAGAAUGCCCUGCAGGAUUUGUCCGUCCUCCUCUGAUCAUCUUGUCUCUGGACGGCUUCCGCGCCUCUUACAUGAAGAAAGGAAAGACUGUCUUCCCCAACAUCCACAAACUGAGAUCAUGUGGAACUCACGCCCCUCACAUGAGACCCAUGUACCCAUCAAAAACCUUCCCAAACCUCUACACGCUAGCCACGGGUUUGUAUCCAGAGUCUCACGGGAUAGUGUGCAACUCCAUGUACGACCCCAUUUUCAAAGCCCAUUUCAAACUGAGAGGACGAGAGAAACUCAAUCACCGUUGGUGGGGCGGGCAGCCUAUUUGGAUCACAGCAGAGGAACAGAGGUUGAAAGCGGGAACGUUUUUCUGGCCGUGGGUGAUUCCAUUAGAAAGGAGAAUUCUCACUAUUCUUCAGUGGCUGCACCUGCCUGAUGAUGAGAGGCCAUAUGUUUACGCUGUUCACUCAGAACAACCAGAUACAUACGGACACAUUCUGGGUCCUCUGAGUAAUGAGCUGGAUAACACUCUUAGAAAGAUCGAUAAUAUCAUCGGUCAGCUGAUGAACGGACUGAAGCAAAUGAACCUGCACCGCUGUGUCAACGUCAUUCUGGUGGGCGAUCACGGGAUGGAGGAAUCUCACUGUGAUCGUACAGAGUAUUUGGGCUCUUAUGGACUCAAUGUUGACACUCUCACACUUGUGGCAGGAUCCUCAGGGAGAAUCAGACCCAAAAACACCAACACAGCUUAUGAUCCAAAGGAGAUUGUAGCUAAUCUAACAUGUAAGAUGCCGAAUCAGCACUUUAAACCGUACCUGAAACAACACCUGCCCAAACGCCUGCACUACGCCAACAACAGACGCAUCGAGGACGUACACCUGCUCGUGGACAGGAAGUGGCAAGUAGCAAUAUCACCCGUGACCUGCGGAUACUUUGGAGAUCAUGGAUUCGACAACAAGAUCAGCAGCAUGCAGACAAUAUUUCUUGGAUUCGGCCCGAGCUUCAAUUUCAAGACACAAGUUCCUGUUUUUGAAAACAUUGAGCUGUAUAACAUCAUGUGUGAUCUGUUGGGUUUGACCCCAGCCCCUAAUAACGGCACACACGGCAGUCUGAACAGCGUGUUGAGAAACCCUCCGUACACGCCCACACAGCCAGAGGAAGUGACCUCACCUAAACCUUUAGCCCCGCCCUCUGAAGUGACCCGUGACCUGGGCUGUAACUGUGAUGAGGAGAAUAACAUUGAAGAAAACGCUCAGAGAUUUUCUCCGGCAGUGGAUGCACAGUUCAACAAUGUCACACACCUGCUGUUUGGUCGUCCAGCGGUUCUCUUUCACACAUCAUACACACAGUUGUGUCACUCCGAUUACUGCAGCGGUUACAGUCACCGACUCAACAUGCCGCUGUGGACAGCCUUCACCCUAACAACACAGGUGGAAGCAGCAGUGUCCUCAUCCAGUGAGUGUGUGAGAGCAGAUCCUCGUGUUGAAGUCACACACACCUGCAACACAUACAGCCAACAGCCUGAUGUUACACAUGCAUUCCUGUACCCACCCGAUUUCUCUGUAUCUGCUGAAUCCAGAUAUGAUGCGUCACUCAUAACAAACACCGUGCCCAUGUAUCCCGCCUUUAAACGGGUGUGGAGUUAUCUACAGAGAGAAGUUCUCCGCCGAUACAGUCUACAGAAUAAUGGAGUGAAUGUGAUCGUGGGGCCGAUAUUUGAUUACAAUCACGACGGACUGAGAGACACUGAAGAGAAAAUCAAAGAGCACGCAGAGGGGUCUGUGUACAUUCCCACUCAUUUCUACAGCAUUAUAACGAGCUGUGCAGGAGUAAACGAGACACUGGAGGAGUGUGAGACGGAUCUGAGAGUCACCUGCUUCAUACUGCCACACCGACCAGAUAACACUGAGAGCUGUAAUAAUUCGGAGGAUGAGUCUCGUUGGGCGGAGCAGCUGCUGCAGUUACACACGGCACGUGUGCGAGAUGUGGAGAUCCUGACGGGUUUGGACUUCUACCGCUCCACCGUGCUGCCCUACACACGCGUGCUCGCACUCAAAACACACAUGCACACCUUCGAGGAGGACGUGUAAUGCGCCGCAAGCAUUUCAUAACUGCCAUAAACCGGACGCUUCUCUGUAUAGUUUUAUUUAUUAUUCACCUUCAAACUAAUAAUGAUGAAACUGUAUAACAACAACAAACUCACGACGACAGUCACACAACCGUUAUAAAACAUACAGUAACCAGAAACAUGCUGUGUGUGUGUGUGUGUGUGUGUGUGUAUUUGUCUGUGUGUGUGUGUGUGUGUGUGUGUGUGUGUUUGUGAAUAUAUGUGAAAACACUUGUAAUGAUGAUGAUGAUGAUGUGAAUUAGUCUCUGUUUAAUGAUUGUGACAUCAUCAGUGAUUCUCUGCCUCCCAUUGUCUGCAGAUGGUCAUGUGACUCAUGAUUAUGACAUGAGUGAGUGAUGUUCGCUUUUAAUAAAGGAUGUUUUUAACAAUAUCAUUACAGCAAUAAAUUAAUGUACUGUCAAUAAAAACCUGAGUGUGUGA